UUGCUUUGUAGGGAUAUCAUGUCCAUUUACAAGGAACCUCCACCUGGGAUGUUUGUUGUUCCUGAUCCUCAAGACAUGACCAAGAUCCAUGCACUGAUCACUGGACCAUUUGACACACCAUAUGAGGGCGGCUAUUUUCUUUUUCUUUUUCGCUGCCCUCCAAACUACCCAAUUCAUCCACCAAGGGUGAAGCUCAUCACCACCGGACAUAACACUGUUCGCUUCAACCCCAACUUUUACCGCAAUGGCAAAGUGUGCCUUAGCAUCCUGGGGACAUGGACUGGCCCAGCGUGGAGUCCAGCCCAGAGUAUCUCAUCUGUCCUUAUAUCCAUUCAGUCUCUGAUGACGGAGAACCCUUAUCAUAAUGAACCGGGCUUUGAACAGGAACGUCACCCGGGGGAUAGUAAGAAUUACAAUGAGUGUAUCCGCCAUGAAACCAUGAGGGUGGCAGUGUGCGACAUGCUCGAGGGUAAAGUCCUCUGCCCUGAAGCUCUGGGGAGUGUUAUGGAGAAAUCCUUUCUAGAAUACUAUGAUUUCUAUGAAGGAGUCUGCAAAGAAAGGCUCCACCUUCAGGGUCAGAACAUGCAGGAUCCAUUUGGGGAGAAGCGUGGUCGUUUUGACUACCAGAGUCUGCUGGUUCGCCUUCGUGCCACUCACAGGCGAAUACAGGAGAAAAACUUGGCAGAGAAUGAUAAUGAUGCUUCAGACUCAGACACCAGCUCCUCUGGAACAGACCCUGAUAGCCAGGGCAGCUCACAUCCCUGACUCAGAGAUGCAGAGGACGUUUUUUAAAACUCUGCUUGUUGUUUGUUGUUGCGAUUGAUUGCUAUAUAAGAACAUCACUGAGUUCAACAGUAAGCAGAUUUUUUUAAAGCUUUGAGUCAAGAUAAGUACAAGAUAUGACAGAAAUAAGGGUUCUUGUGUGGAUUUGCACACAAGAAUGUUACCAAUAUUCUGACAUAUUUUACUCAAGAUUUUCAAAGUGGCUGCCCAGAAAGUAGUUAAUUUUGAAAUCUACCUUUUUGUUUUGUGAGUAUGUCUUAAAAUUUUGAUUAAUGUAGAAAAAAAGACAACUGGAGAAACCCAAACAUGUCCUUUGCUUUUUAUUUUCAGUUUUGUUUUUUCACAAAGGAAAAUAUAAUGUAUGUUGGGAGAACACAGACAGUAAGAUAGGUCUGGGUGUGGUAAAAAGACCUGAUCCUGGAUAAAUCAGAGGUCGAUUUAAAUUGACUGGAUCAAUGGAAGAUGUUUGUGUUCAAUAAAGC